GGAGGGAGGGAGGGAGGAGACGAGAGGAGACGAGAGCAAGCAGCGAGCCAGCGAGUGAUCGGAUCGACGACAAAGAAGUCGAGUCCUGCCAUUUCGAGGCUGGCAUUGUAUCGCAGCUGGCUGUGCGCGACGAGGCGUAUUGAACGACCUUCGCAGCGCGCAGUUUGGAUUAGGCAGCGCAGAGAUUUUGGGAAGUUUCUCUGAAGCACAGGCCCGGAGGACAUUGAGGCUGUUGCAAGCAGGAGAACGAGGACGAGGAGGAGGGCGGAGUGCGCGUGCCCGGUUGUCGAAGUUUGGAUUGGAGCGAUUGGGAGCAAGGUAGAGCGGCAGGGAUAGGCGGCGGGAGCUCUUAGCGGGCUCGACUUCUCUCCUCCUGCAUUGGAGGUUGAGCUUAGUGUUGAUUGUUGCAGGAGCCGGUGGCGGUUUCCCGGUUACCCUUGGCAUAUGGAGUUGGAUCCUUCCAGUCAGUGAAGUGGAUUUCUGUAGUGGAGUAGAGCUGGUCGUCACCAUGAAUCGUCUCGUCGUCGCCCUCUGCAUCCUGCCUCUGCUUCUUCAGGAUUCUACUUUUGUCGAGGCUGCCUGGAAGACGUUGAAUGGGAAUUCUCCACUCGUCGUUGCCAAUGGGGGCACAUCCGGACUUUACCCUGACCAAACUUCUGUCGCUUAUCAAGACGCGUUGAACUACAGUCUUCCAGGGGUGAUUAUGAGCUGCGAUUUGCAACUUGUGAAGGCAAGUGUCGGAGGAAUUCAAGGUAUCUGUAGGACGAACUUGGAUCUUGAUCUGUCGACCAAUAUCAAGCAGGUCUACCCAGACAAGAUCAACUCGUAUAUUGUCAACGGAGUAAAUAUCACUGGUUGGUUUACAUUGGACAUUUCAGCUGAAGAUCUCCUGACUAACGUAUCCGCGAGGCAGAGCAAUAAUGCCAGAACUUUCGUCUAUGACAGCUUCCUCUUACCAAUUUUUCUACCCGAUAAUCUUUUGCCCCCGUAUUGGUUGAAUUCUGAGAAUGCGAGUUUUUUUGAGGAGCAUGGUUUGAACAUGACGGAUUAUCUGCUCGCUACCCUGCAAGGUCAAACACCAAAUCCGAGCCCUCCUGAUUACAUAUCUUCCACCGAGGUCACCGUCCUCAGAAAGUUACAAUCGGAUGCCAACAGCAAGGGCACCAAGUUGAUUUUCAAGUUUCUCGAAGAUAAAACUCAAGUUGAGCCAACUACGAACCAGACAUAUGGACAAAUCCUGGGAAAUCUGAGCAAUAUCGCAACUUUUGCCUCUGGGAUUCUUGUGCCUAAGAGCUACAUCUGGGAAACUGAUGCAAGUACUACCUACUUGACCCAGCAGACAACGCUUGUUGAUGACGCCCACAAAGCAAACCUUGAAAUCUAUGCCUACAAUUUCUAUAACGAUGCAUAUCCAUUUUCCUACAACUACAGCUUCGAUCCCGUUACCGAAGUCAUGCACUUCAUCGAGAAGUACAAUUUCUCAGUGGAUGGCGUUUUCACCGACUUUCCCACUACUGCUUCGGAGGCCAUAGCUUGUUAUGCGGAGAGUUCUCUCAACACGACCGCUUCAAAACCAGUUGGCUCCAGACAAACCGUUAUCACCCACAACGGCAACAGUGGAGAUUAUCCCGGUUGCAGUCUUCCUGCUUACACAUCGGCUAUCGCAAUGGGCGUCGAUUACAUUGAUUGCCCAGUACAAAUUACUAAGGAUGGUGUAUUGAUAUGUCGUGAAUCACCCGAUCUAAUCCUAAGCACAAACGUCGCAUCUGUUCCCAACUUGUUUCAGCAACACCUUAACAACUACCCUGAACUUGAUGAAGGCUCGGGAGUUUAUUCCUUUGAUCUCACAUGGGAUGAAAUUAACUCGAACCUUAAAUGUAACAUCUACAGUCCAAGUUCAACGUCGGGUAUCGAUCGGGACAUGGCUAAUGACGGGAAGUAUAACAUCAUGACCUUGGCUGAAUUUUUAACCCUGGCAAAGAACAGCUCAGUGGGAGUCUUUAUUGAUAUCCAGAAUGCUGUGUACAUUAGGCAGAAAAAGAAUCUGGCUGUGGUGGACGGAGUCGUCGAAGCGAUGAAAGCCGCAGGCUACACAAAUCCAUCUGAGAAAGUGAUGCUGCAGUCCGAAGAUAGUUCGGCUCUUGCAAGACUUCGGACUCUUAACGUGUCCUACCCACUCAUGUAUCGUAUUGUGUACUCUACUAUUGCUCCGGUCUCCAUUACCCCUGCAGACUUUGUCGAUAUCAAGGAGUUUGCAACGUCAGUGAGCAUUCCAAAGAAGUUCAUUGACAAUAUGGAUUCCCAGACCGGAUUUAUUGGUGGACCCUCGCAGGUGGUACAAUGGGCACACGCACAGAAUCUGACUGCUUACUUUUUCUUUCUGAGAAAUGAGAAUACUGCAUUUGUCUUCGAUUACAAGGGCGAUCCAACUUUGCAAAUGUACUCUUUGGCACAAAAUUAUCAGAUGGAUGGUUUUGUCACCGACUACCCAUCAUCUGCUGUGAAUUAUCUUGGAAAUCAUUGCAUCGGAAAUGGAUCGACUUCGAGCAACAUCAAAUUCAAAAUACCUCUCGUAGAGCCUGGUCUAUUGAACAAUGAAAUUACUGGUGGGGCUCCGACUCCCGCCGGUGCCCCUGCCCCGGACUUGGUUGUGCCCGAACCACCGCUCAUGGGCGCCACGUCUCUCAGCCCUGCUCCGGCUCCUGUUCCAGCUGCUGCUUCCAGCCUUCCCACGUGCCUCUUCUUUUCGGCUACAAUUUCAUUUCUUUUCCACAUUCUCGCUGUACUGUAAGCCACCAAGCUGAAGGAGGCAGCAUUUGCCUUGCUAGAUCGAAGCUAGAUAGUGUAGUCAUACAUUCAGUUCGUUUGCAAUAGAAUGAUCGAAUUUGGGUAUAUGUAAGUAGCCAGUUAAAAGCGGGAGGGGAAAUUGGUUCCACGAGUGGAUAAGUUAACGUAGGUCUUCCGGGGCAACUCUGGUCUUUGAACGUCAGUCUUUAACAAGUCUUUGGGUCUAACUUCUUCCUUCUGUCACCCGCCACAGGAUUGCCCCACAAUCAGCCCUUUACAGACACUGCCACUUAUUGUAGAUUUUAGUAGUUUUGGCACUCAUCCACCUUUGAUGUGCCCGUUGAAGGCAACUUCUUGUGUUAACCAACCGAUACCGGCGUUGAUUAGAGGGAUGAAGAGAAGGUAGAAUGAGCGCAGACAGUUCUGCGCACGAAGUCCAUUUCACGCUUACUUUCUCUUUGGCUAGUGAACAUGGACAGGGACGGUGUGAACUGUCGUGUCCAUGUUUUGGCACUAGUUGAGCUUCUGUAUAAAGAGCUUGGAAGGUAGCAAUUUCCUAGUUUGAACCACUGAAGAAUUGUGGAAGGUCUGUCUACAAUCUCUGUCGACUAAAUCUCACCAGUCUUAUAUUAAAGACACUGUAUGUGCCAAACACAUGAGAACAACUUUGGGAAAGGAUAUUGGUUUGUCUUUUAAUAAGACAACGACAACAAUAUCCCAUCUUAUUACUGUGAAAAAACCUUAUCAACCUUAUUCGAAAACUUUUUGAGAAUUUGCAGUUGUCUGCCAAGAUUGUAAUUAGCUAUUUGACCAUCUGUUUCGUCCUUUUUUUGUCUCUACCUUAGAUAUUGAGACGUAUUUGAACGGUUCUCAUCUGGAAUAUCUGCUGUAGGAAGGUUUUACGCAAUAGUGUGGGAAGAUGUAAGAAGACAGACCCUCAACGGCGCGUGCCGCUUGUCGCAUACUAUACACUCGCACAGAUUAAUGUACUG